AUGAAUUACACUCGUUUGGUAUUUGCCGGAAUAAGAAAACCUGAAGUUUAUCUCUAUAACACCAUGCUCAGAGGCUACUCUCUCAGUGAAUCCCCUGAGAAAGCCCUCUUCUUCUAUAAACAAAUGAGGAAAAUUGGUGUGAACACCGACGCCUUUGCUUCCUCUUUCACACUCAAAUCAUGUGCAAAUCUUCUUGCCGUGUUCGAAGGAAAACAAAUUCAUUGUCGGAUUAUACAAGAUGGGUAUGAACCAGAUGUGUUCCUUUUAACUUCUUUGAUGGAUAUGUAUGCUCGAUGUCAUCAUCGUGAUGAUGCGCAUAGAGUGUUCGAUAUCAUGCCUCGAAGAGAUACAGUUGUUUGGAAUGUUCUAAUUUCAUGUUUUCUGCAAAAUUCACGAACCAGAGAUGCGAUGAAGCUUUUCGAGAAGAUGGUAACUGAAGAUGGGGCCCACCCAGAUAAUGUUACUUGCCUGCUUACUCUUCAGGCUUGCGCUAAUUUGGGGGCAUUGGAUUUAGGAGAAAGGGUCCAUGAGUAUAUGGACCAAAGAGGAAUUGGAAAUGCCAUUAAUCUGUGUAAUUCUCUGAUUGAUAUGUAUGCAAAGUGCGGGUGUUUGGAUAAGGCAUAUAUAGUUUUUAGGGAGAUGAUGAAGAGGAACGUGGUCACAUGGACCACCAUGAUAUCCGGGCUCGCAAUGCAUGGUCAUGGGAGGAUGGCCCUUGAUGCCUUUGAUGCCAUGUUAAGAUCAGGGGUUGAGCCUGAUGAGCAUACGCUCACUGGUGUGUUAUCGGCAUGCAGCCAUGCCGGAUUAGUGGAUGACGGCCAUGCACAUUUCCAUGAUCUCAUUCAUGGCAAGUAUAAGAUUGUGCCAAAUUUGCACCAUUAUGGGUGCAUGGUUGAUCUACUCGGUCGAGCUGGGAUGCUUGAACAAGCCUAUGGGAUUAUAAGCUCGAUGCAUGCCAAGCCUGAUGCGACCAUAUGGAGAACUCUUCUCGGUGCAUGUCGCAUCCAUGGCCACGCAUGUCUCGGUGAAAAGGUCAUGGGUCAUCUCGUUGAACUAAAGGCUCAACAAGCGGGUGACUACGUUCUGCUAACAAAUAUCUAUGCAUCAAAAGGUAACUGGGAUGGGGUCGCAAACUUGAGAAAAGUGAUGAAAGAUGAUGGGAUUCAAACCUCACCAGGAUGGAGUUCAAUUGAAGCUAAUGGAGAGAUUUACGAGUUUGUGGUGGAUGAUAAUUCGCACCCUCGAUCUAAGGAGAUUUAUGCAAUGCUUGAAGAGAUGGAAAGGCAAUUGAAGAAUUCAGUAUCGUGGAUUUCAAGCUGUGACCAGUACAGAAGCAGGACUUAUACUGGCUUUGUCCACUGGAAACUCAGUGAACUCUGA